GAUAAAAAUCAUAAACGCUGCACUAUAGUUGUGAUAUUUAAUUAAAUAUUUUUCAUUAAUAAGUACACACAGAAUUUGGUUAAUUUAACAUAAAAAAAAUAAGCCCUGAUACGCGAGUAAAAUAGAGAAUAUUUGUUGUGAAAAAUGUUUUAAUACAAAUCAAGAUUUAACAGAAACAAAAUCUAUUAAAAAGUUCCUACUGGAUCUUUAGCACAAAUACAAUAAUGCAAUAACAAAAUUGUGCUUUAAAUCGAUUAUAUUGCAAAACUUUAAAACUACUGCGAUACAAACCGAUAUCUCCAAAGCCCGAUUUCUUCAUAUCUUCCGAUAGCUAUCUUCUGGAUAAAGAUAUACAAAAAGAUAUUUUAUCUUUUUUUUUAGAUUAAUUUAUCGAGAACUUAUCAGAAGUGAGGAAAUUUAGUAUAAUUAGAAAAUACUUGUUCCUUUAGAAGUACAGUCAAACCUCUAUAACUCGAAAAUCUCUGUAAGACAGAAAUUUUAUUCACUUCCUUCUCUGCUCCGCGGAAAGGAAAAAAAACGCUUUGAUAAGUCGAAACCUUUACAACUCAAAAAUUUUAGCUCUUCCCUUGAAAUUCGAGUUGUCGAGUUGUUCGACUGUAUUUGCAAUUCAAUUUUGUUUUUUUUUUAGCUUUUAUCUUUAAUUUAUUCAGCUUUUAUCUUUAAUUUAUUUCAGAUCAGAUAAAGAAGACACGUUGACAUUCUUAUCUCGCUUUCAUCGCGUUGUGAAACAUCAUUAUUUGAUUUUAACAAGAAAAGUCUGAAUUCUUGACUAUGUUUUUACAACGAUAUGUUUGUUUUUCAAAUUACAAUACAACUUCCCAAAACGUAUACUUCCGCUUUUUCCUCACUCUUUAAUUCACGCAUUCGCAAAGACUUCCCGUGCAAGCGUUAGCGUUAGUUUCGAUUGCAUUAAAAAUGUCAAAUCAUGCCGGACAGCAUCGAGAUUAUCAAAGCGGGAUACCCCCCAUCGUCUCGAUGCUCUCGUACACAUCAAGGAAAAACCGUGUCCGUGUCCGUGCGCGGUCUCGAGUGUUGCGUUCGAGAGCAUCGAAGCGGUAGAAGUACCUCGCCUUGAUACUCUCGGUACUGUCCGGCACGAUCUGUCAUCUGUGAUGAUUUGUAAUUUAUAUUUAAAUAAUGAGAAAAGUGAUGAAAGAGAAAUGUGAGGAAAAAAUAAUACGUUUUGGUGGAUGCGUAGUUCAGAAGAGGAUUUUCUAUGUACGAGACGUAAACCAAGUUAUUUUAACAAUUUCUAUAUGCAACGUAAAUCAUUACUCGCGCAGUUAGCGGUAAAUCUAUUUUUUAUAGAUACAAAAAAAAUCAGCAAGUCACAAGCCAGUUCGAAAAAUAAAGUGAUAAAUAAUAUUUAAUCUGUCUAAAUGUACGUUUGCAUAAAUUGCGGAGCCGAACGUAAAGAGCUAUACAGAAGAUACUGCCCUAGUGUACUCAAAAUCUUAAAAUGUGAGAAAUGUGACUUAAUAGCUGACAAAUACAUCGAAUACGAUCCCGUUAUAGUCUUUGUUGAUCUUAUUCUGAUCGAAAAACCAGCUUACAGACAUCUCUUGUACAACAGCAAGUUUAAGUCAUAUUGGAAAUUGUGUGUAAUACUAUGGAUAUUCGAAUCGUUCAGGGCUUGGAUCUCCUGCGAUACAAGAAUCGAUCUAGAUAAGAACGCACAUGAUAAUUGCAAUUUUUACGAUUUGCUGAUUCACACAGCGCUCGCAUUUACGGCAUUCAUUUACGCCGUUAUUGUAACGACCGAACUGAAAUGGUUUAUCGGCGGCAAAAAGCCGUACAAGUACAAUGUAAAAGAUCUAAUCCGUGCUUUAACAAUCGGCGGUUGCGGCAAAUUGCUGGGUUGUUUAGGAAUAGUCUGGAGACACAUAGCUUCGGGUCCAUAUUAUCUUCUUGUUCAAGGCUAUACUGUUUUAUGUCUUUUCACGGCAUAUUCAGUCGUCUGCAAGAGCGGGAAGGGAGGAUCGUUGACUGGAUUAAUUGCUGGAUUUCUCGUUUACGGUUACAUAUGUAUUUCCGUUUCUAAUGUUCACAUACGUAUGCCCGAAAUCACAUUAAUAUGACAUACGAUGUUUUGAUCGAGUU